UCCACCUUGUGCAGGUGUAUGUACUUGAUAUCUCAUGGGCACGACCCGCGACCUCUCCCGCUUACUUUCUUCGCGAUCGUGACAAAGCGGUCAAAAUAUAUUGUCGUUUUGUCGUCUCUCAGCCCGGGGUUUUGUUUGAAUGGGAAACUCGCAGGUCAGCUCAGAGCAGAGUAAGUGAACAGCGUUCAACAAUGACAAGUGAUUGCGUAAUUCACAAAAUUGGCGCCGACGCCGCGGAGUGUGCGUCUGUAUUGAGAGUCGCACGGAAAUUAUUUCAUUCUGCUUGGCUGAGGUUGAACUGACGAGGGUGAAGACCAGCCAAACUGAUGCCCUUGUGAGAUUCGUACGCUUCAGUGCUUCAGACUAAAAUCCAAGAUGGCGACGGGUUUUCUCAUCGGUGUGACCGGCCUGGCUGUUGUGUUAGUGGUUUGGCCGUGUGCCUGUCAGACAGGGGACAAAUGUCCCUCCCUACAAUCGCUGCCGACACAAUGUUCCAAGAUGACGUAUAAUGUUUCGUCGUUCCCGAACGCCCUUGGUCAGGUAAAUGCCGGAGAAGCGUCCAUGGCUCUUAAUCAGUUUUAUCCAUUGGUAAAGAUACAGUGUUCAGACGUGUUGGAUGUGUUUCUGUGUUCAGUGUACUUCCCAAAGUGCGACUCCGAGAUCGGCAAUAUUCCCCCGUGUCGGGAAACAUGUGACUCGGCUCGUCUCGGAUGUGAAACAGUAAUGAAUAAGUUCGGAUUUACAUGGCCGAGUGGUUUAAAUUGCAAUAACUUCCCAAGUUUAACCAGCAACAUCAAAUGCAUGAAUUUCGAGUCAAACAUGACAACGACAACGACUUCGACAACAACAACUAAAAUGACUACAACGACAAUGGCACCGAAGGCAAACCUUCCCGACUUCUGUCGGAACCUACCAUACAGCAAACCGUCACUUCCAAAUAUUCUCGGACAUCAGACAUUCGGCGAGGCUCGGAGAAACAUCGACAGAUUCACAGCUAUGAUGGCGAGCGGAUGUUCCGAUGGACUGACACGCUACAUGUGCUUGCUGCACUAUCCCACCAAAGAUCCUUCGACACAGAAGCCAAUUCCACCGUGUUGGGAGUUCUGUCUGGCGGUGAGAACAUGGUGCCUCUUCAAGCUACCAGUUCCCUGGCCGCGUAGCUUCUUCUGUGAGAAUCUGCCUAGUAAGAUCACUCCCGGGGCCCGCUGCUGGGGGUAUGACAUGAGAAUCUACAGCGCACCAAAGUUGUUUUAAAUAUCUCCAUGUGGUGUGUUAUUUCAAACUUUCAUCUAAGUCCCAUUUUAUGAAUAAUUUUGUUUAUUUAGUUUCUUGACAAUGUGAGUCUUGCAUUGAUCCUCUGGUAGAAUUACAGGGUAGAAUAGGUUCUAUGUAGUCUAUGAAUGUUAAAGAUGAAUCGACAUGCAAAUGCCAUCUGGGUUAGGGCAUCAUUUUUUAUGUCUUUCACGUAGCCUCCUAGUUAUGAACAUGGGUCGGUCUGUCGGGGAAAAACAAAACAAAAUAAAACAUUUA